AUGAGUCAAUUAAAAAUUAAAAGAGGAAACUUUUUGUUUACAUCAGAAUCAGUUAAUGAAGGGCACCCAGAUAAAAUAUGUGAUCAAAUUUCUGAUGCAAUUUUAGAUUAUUGUUUAAGAGAAGAUCCAGAUAGUAAAGUUGCUUGUGAAGUAUGUGCUAAAAAUAAUUUUAUUUUUAUAUUUGGAGAAAUAACAACUAAAGCUAAAGUUGACUAUGAUAAAGUUGCGAGAGACGUAUUAAAACAUAUUGGUUAUGAUGAUGAAAGUAAAGGAUUAGAUUAUAAAACUGCGAAAAUUAAAGUUUCUGUUGAUGAACAGUCACCUGAUAUUGCUCAAUGUGUUCAUGAAAAUAAAUCUCCAGAAUUAAUUGGUGCAGGAGAUCAGGGAAUAAUGUUUGGUUAUGCAACAGAUGAAACUGAAAAUUAUAUGCCUUUAACACAUCAUUAUGCUACAUUAUUAGGAAAAAGAUUAACAGAAGUUAGAAAAUUAGGAAUUCUACCUUAUUUGGGACCAGACGGAAAAACACAAAUAACUAUUGAAUAUAAAAAUAAAGGUAGCUGUGGUGGUCAUAUGGAACCCUUACGUGUUCAUACAGUUUUAAUAUCUACACAGCAUUCAGAAAAUAUAAAACAUGAGCAAUUGAAAUCAGAUUUAAUGGAGAAUGUCGUUAAAUAUGUAAUACCUGAAAAAUUAUUAGAUAAAGACACUUUUUAUUAUUUAAAUCCUUCUGGAAAGUUUGUUAUUGGUGGACCAGCAGCUGAUGCUGGAUUAACAGGAAGAAAAAUUAUAUGUGAUACUUAUGGUGGAUGGGGUGCACAUGGAGGUGGUGCAUUUUCAGGAAAAGAUGCAUCAAAAGUAGAUCGUUCAGCAGCUUAUUAUUUACGUUAUAUAGCUAAAUCGCUAGUUGCUAAUAAAUUCUGUAGGAGAGUUUUAGUUCAAGCAUCCUACUCAAUUGGGAUAGCAAAUCCCAUAUCAUUAAAUGUUAAUUCUUACGGAACUGUAACUACAGGAUAUACUGAUUAUGAUUUAGAACAAAUCAUUUUACGGAAUUUUGAUCUUAGACCAGGAUUUAUUAUUGAAGAAUUAAAAUUAAAACAACCAAUAUUUUCAAAAACAUCAGCAUAUGGUCAUUUUGGUAGAAAUGAUGAUUCUUUUACAUGGGAGAAAGUUAAAGAUUUGACACAUGAAAAAAAUGUUUUAAAAAAUUAA